AUGCAGUCCAGAAACAAUGCUAUUAUACCAAGGAAACCUACUAUAGUUAAGUUUGAGAACACUAAGAGGAGGAGACUCACUCCUGUAGAAAUGGAAGAAAAAAGGGCUCAAGGCUUAUGUUUCUUUUGUGAUAAAAAGUAUGUGGUAGGACACAAAUGUCAAGCUAAAAGGCAGCUCUUCUCAUUAGAAGUGGAGGAGUGUGGAACCAUAGAAGAAGAACAAGUAACAGAGGGAAAAGAGGAAGAAGAAGAAGCAAUAGAGGUAAAGGUUUUGGAGAAUUGUGCCAUAUCAUUGCAGGCUUUGAAAGGGACAAUGGGGUACCAAACUCUGAGACUCAGAAGUUUUAUGGAGCAACAGCCUUUAGAGAUAUUUAUAGAUUGUAGAUCAACACACAAUUUUAUAGAUGAAUACACAUCUAAAAGGCUAGGGUGCAAAAUCAGUAAAAUAAAACAUCAAUUGGUCCAAGUAGCAGAUGGAAGGGAAGUGCCUACAGAUAGUAUGUGUAAGGGAUUCCAAUGGUUGAUGCAAGGGACUGUGUUUCAAGACGAUUUCUUAGUGUUUCCUAUUGGGAAAAGUGAUUUAUUCCUUGGCAUUCAGUGGCUAUAUCCUUUAGAUGACAUCAAGUUCAACUUUAAGAAGUUAUUGAUGGAGUUUGAGUACCAAGGUAAGUUGUUGACCUUGAGAGGAAUACAACCUAAGUUCAAAACUAUGAAGGCUAAGUCAUUGGAGAAAAUAGUAGUGGGGGGUUCUCAACUCUUCAUGGUAAAGGUACAUGCAGCAGGAACUGAAAGCACAGGGGUGAAAGAAGGUCAGAUAGAGGAGCAACCUACAGAAGUUAAAGGGUACUUGAGAACUUUUAGCCAAAAAAGCAAAUGUGUUUUUGCUGCUGAAAGGAUAGAGUAUCUGGGGCACUACAUUGCAGCAGACGGGGUGUCUACUGACCCAAGAAAGGUGGAAGCUGUGAGUCUAUGGCAUGAACCUCAGACAGUGACCCAAUUGAGAGGAUUCUUGGGCCUAGCAGGGUACUAUAGAAGAUUUAUUAGAAACUAUGGAAUCAUUAGCAAACCUUUGACUGACAUGCUUAGAAAGGACAGUUUCUUCUGGAGUGAAGAUGCUAAGGCAACUUUCCAGCAACUCAAAGAAUCACUGACCACUGCACCAGUCCUAGCCCUUCCUAACUUUUCAUUGGUAUCUGUGGUUGAAACUGAUGCAUGUAAUGUAGGGAUUGGGGCUGUUCUAAUGCAGAAGGGGCAUCCUAUUGCAUUUCUCAGUAAAGGGCUCACCAAAAGACAUCAUUCACUAUUUGUUUAUGAGAAAGAAUUGCUGGCAUUAGUGCUAGUUGUGAACAAGUGGUCUCAAUACCUAACAGGUAGGUCCUUUAUUGUGAGGACAGAUCAGAAGGCACUUAAAUUCUUAUUAGAACAAAAACUUCACACAGGAACUCAACUUAAUUGGAUUACCAAAUUGAUGCAGUUCAAUUUUGAGAUUGAGUAUAAGAAGGGAAGAGAGAACAAGGCAGUUGAUGCACUAUCAAGGCUUCCCACUGUUAACUUAUCUGCUAUGACACUUUCCACUGCAAAAACCGACCUAUUAGAACUAAUAAUGAAGAGCUGA